AAAGCAGCCUGGAAACUACUUCGGGGGACAAAGAAGCGCUGCUUUACGCUCCAUCCCCUCAAACAGGUUAGAAACCACUCAGCCAGCGACCGGAGGAAGGUGCACCCUGUCUGCUCUUCUACAUCACAAUAACUCAUCUGUUCUACGCGUGCGCCCCCCCACGAUGGUGAACCAGCUCCUCCUGAGCCUGCUGUGCGUGUCGGCGCUGAGCGGCGUCCAAUCAGACCCCGGCAAGCCUGUGAUCCAGCUACGGCUCGCGGGGGAGAAGAGGAAACACUACGAGGGCCGAGUGGAGGUCUUCUACAACGGAGAGUGGGGGACGGUGUGCGACGACGACUUCUCCAUCCAAGCGGCGCAUGUGGUGUGCAGGGAGCUGGGCUUCAUGGACGCGGUGUCCUGGGCUCCCUCUGCCAAGUUUGGCAAAGGGGAAGGUCGUAUCUGGCUGGACAACGUGCACUGCACCGGCUCGGAGAAGAGCCUGGCUCACUGCGAGUCCAACGGCUUUGGAGUGGCCGACUGCAGACAUUCAGAAGACGUCGGGGUGGUGUGCUCCCAGAAACGCAUUCCAGGCUUCAAGUUCAUCCGGAACCAAGCCAUCAGUGAGGAGGGUCUGACGGUGCAGGUGGAGGAUGUGCGGCUCAGGGCCACCUACUCUCACAGAAAGAGGAUCCCCAUCACCGAGGGCUUCGUGGAGGUGAAAGACGGAGGCAAAUGGCGACAGAUCUGCAACGAGGAGUGGACCGAGAUGAACAGCAGAGUCAUCUGCGGCAUGUACGGCUUCCCCGGCGAGAAAGCCUUCAACGUGCGACCCUACAAGCUGCUGGCCAAGCGCCGUAAGAAGAACUACUGGGGCUUCUCCGUCAACUGCACAGGCAACGAGGCCGACCUGUCAGACUGCAAACUGGGCAAAGAGAUCCAGCUCAGAGGCAACAACACGUGUCGGCGGGGCAUGCCCGCCGUGGUGAGCUGCGUACCGGGACGGGCCUUCGCUCCCAGCGUCAGCAUCGGCUUCAGGAAGGCCUACCGCAUGGAGCAACCCCUCGUGCGUCUAAGAGGAGGAGCGAUGAUAGGCGAGGGCCGAGUGGAGGUGCUGAAGAACGGGGAGUGGGGAACGGUUUGUGACGAUAACUGGAACAUGCGGGCCGCCACGGUGGUGUGUCGAGAGCUCGGCUUUGGCAGCGCCAAGGAGGCCCUGGCUGGAGGCAGGAUGGGUCAAGGGGUCGGGCCGGUCCACAUGAACGAGGUGGAGUGCUCCGGCUUUGAAAAGUCUCUGACUGAAUGCUUCUUCAACCGUGACUCCGUGGGCUGCAGCCACGAGGAGGAUGCGGCGGUCAGGUGUAACGUUCCCGCCAUGGGCUUCAACAGCAGGCUGCGGUUGAGCGGCGGCCGUAACCCCUCGGAGGGCCGCGUGGAGGUCCUGGCGGAGAGGAACGGCUCUCUGGUGUGGGGCACGGUGUGCAGCGACAGCUGGGGGACCAUGGAGGCUAUGGUGGUGUGCAGACAGCUGGGCCUGGGCUUUGCCAGCCAUGCUUUCCAGGAGACGUGGUACUGGCAGGGAGACGCGUCAGCUGACUCUGUGGUGAUGAGCGGAGUGAGGUGCUCAGGAACUGAGCUGACUCUGGAUCAGUGUCUGCAUCAUGGCAAACAUGUCAGCUGCCCAAAGGGAGGAGGACGCUUCGCUGCUGGAGUUUCCUGCACUCAGACGGCCCCAGACCUGGUCCUCAGCGCUCAGGUGGUGGAGCAGACCACGUACCUGGAGGACCGGCCCCUGUAUGCUCUGCAGUGCGCCCACGAAGAGCGCUGCCUGUCCAGCACCGCCGACAAAGCCGACCCAAACUCCUACCGCCGCCUCCUGCGCUUCUCCUCCCAGAUCCAGAACAACGGCCUGUCGGACUUCAGGCCCCGGGCGUCUCCUCAUUCCUGGGUGUGGCACGAGUGUCACAGACACUACCACAGCAUGGAGGUUUUCACCCACUAUGACCUGGUGAGCCUGAACGGCACUAAAGUAGCAGAGGGACAUAAAGCCAGCUUCUGUCUGGAGGACACCCACUGUGACGAAGGUAUACAGAAAAGGUACGAAUGUGCCAACUUUGGCUCUCAGGGCAUCACGGUGGGCUGCUGGGACACCUACAGGCACGACAUAGACUGCCAGUGGAUCGACAUCACAGACGUGAAGCCGGGAGAUUACAUCCUCCAGGUCGUGAUAAACCCAAACUAUGAGGUUGCAGAGUCCGAUUACACCAACAACAUCAUGAAGUGCCGCAGCCGCUACGACGGACACCGGAUAUGGACCUACAACUGUCAUAUAGGUGGCACACUGAGCUCAGACGCAGACGACCCCUUCCCCGGGCUGCUGACCAACCAGCUGUCACACAGGUAGACCAGAGCAGGACGCAUCCCCAAAGGACGGCGCCAGGAACACUGUUAACCACUAGAGGGCGCUGUGUGACGCCGCUCCCUUGGAGCAGUGCUGGGAUUGUGCUCAGGGCCCAGCCGGUACAAUAAAUAAUGGCUCAGUAGGAAAACAAACUACUUGUUCAACUAAGUGCAUUAACCCCAUCCGGUCGUGUCUUUUAGUGUGUCUCGCUCUUCGUGGUCGUGUCGUUUUUUUUGACCUGGUGCUCGCGGCGCAACGGAGGUUGCAGCCACGUAACUUAUUAAACAGUGUGGAGAUGGAUGUGUUGGAAACCAAAGCUUUAAAAUGUGCGUCAGACCCAAAACUCAGACAACUUUUAUAACCAGUGCUUCCUUUGCGUGGACUGAACCCGUCUUCUGCCUAGUCUGCUGAUUUAACUCGUCAAAGCUGUGCGUUUACCCCCGACAGCUGGGAUGAAACGCAAGCGGCAGAGACCAGAUUUGGCCUCAAUGCAUUGGAGAGUCCAGAAAUGAGCUCAGCGCUCAAAAUAAAUGUUGUGAUUGCCGAUCCAGCGCUGGCAGGGAAGCGCCUGGGAAGACGAAGCUGCUGCUGUCAGGAUUGAAGUCAACUAGCUGAAAAAUUGUGAGAAAUUGUAUCCACUUUUAAAUGACAGCAAAACCAAGUCAAGAUGUACAAUUUCUGGAAGAGUCCUGUGCAACAGAUGCCAAAGGUUGUCAGGAAUCAGUUCCUGCAGUGUUUCUCCCCCCCGACGUCUGUGAUGAGAGCUUUCUGUCAUACAUUGAAGCCAAAAUUAAAGAGAAAAAAAAGGCUUUGUGUUUCUUUUUGAAUUCACCAUAUACACACACACACAUUCUCAUCUGCCUAUUUCCUAAGUGUCCUGUUCAACGAUCUCCGUCAGGGACUGCGGUGACAUUGUGAAAAAAUACUGUAAGAGAAAUGCAUGUAUGUGGAAAAAGAGUUUGAAUGUAGAAAUGUGAGAAUCCUUCGUUUUCGGUUGCUGAUUGUUUUAAUAUAUUGAGGUGAAUGUGGAAACACUUUGAAAUAAAACAUGCUGAAAGCAGAGA